AUGGGAAAGGUGCUGGGCAAAGGCCACGCCUCACCCGUCCCCCCUGAUCAGAUACAAGCGCCCCCCGGACGCCUGUUUUACUUAUCACACUUCCCGACGUAUCACAAUACAAAGAAAACCAUCCGUGUAGUCUUCGACUCAAGCUGCGAGUUUGACGGCGUGUCCCUCAACAAAGUAAUCCUGCCGGGACCCGACCUAAUGAAUAACCUUAUCGGAGUUCUCAUGCGAUUUAGAAAAGAAGAAGUGGCAGUCAUGUGCGACGUGGAGCAAAUGUUCCACUCGUUCCACGUAAAUCCCGAACACAGGAACUUUCUCAGGUUCCUUUGGUUCGAAAACAACAACCCCGAAGCGAGGAUUAUAGAGUACCGAAUGAACUUUCACCUUUUUGGCAAUGGGCCAAGCCUCGCCGUUGCCACCUUCGGUCUUCGAGCCACAGUAAACGACGGCGAGGAGAAGUGCAGUGAAGCAGUCAGACAGUUCGUCAAUAGGAACUUCUACGUGGACGAUGGGCUCGUCUCGAAACCUGAGACUACACAAGGUGGUCUCAAAUUCAGUAGAAGUCGUCCAAUCCUUCCCCGCCGAAGACCGGGCGAAGGAUCUCAAGGACCUAGACCUGAGCCAUGA